CACAGCACAACUGAAAGCCGAAACCGAUUAUGCAAUACUCCGGCCCUUCCUUUCUAAUCGCUCAUGUCAACUUGUCCCUUUUCGUAAGUAACCGAUCCGGCUCUCUUGCUGUUCCUCCCAUCCGGUGUCCCUUUAUAUACCACACGAUCCAUCCAACAUGAAUACCCCACUGAGCCAUCCUCGCUUCAAGCUCUCUCUGUCAUCAUCAUCCAUAUACUUCAGACAGCAACAGCAAUGGUCUCUUCUCCAAUCCACAAGGCAAGCCUUGUAGACCCUGCUCUACAUUCUCCUGCUCUCCUCGAGCUCCUCGAAAUAAAGCUAUCACGACCUGUUAUCGAAUAUGUCGUUGAUUGCGUAGUAGACACAGUCAACUAUGCCAUGGGUCGUCCAUCAUCAUCUCAUCGUGGCCGCAGCGUGUCUCGCCGCCCAGAGCACACCAAAUUCACCACAUUUGUCACAAAUGUUCUCACUAGAGCAGAAGUCACACUCCCUACACUUCUUGUCUCCCUCGUAUACAUCAAUCGCGCCAAACCUCACUUGCAAAUCGCUCUAGAGGAGUGGGCGUGCGAGCGUGUCUUCCUUGGCGCCAUAAUGAUCGCUAGCAAGUUUUCAAACGAUUCCACACUUAAAAAUGUUCACUGGGCUCUUUGCACCGGCGUAUUCGGCAAACGUGAUGUCGGCCGAAUUGAACGAGAAUUUCUGGACGUGCUUGAUUUUGAUCUGUCAAUUACCGAAGAUGACAUUCUUAGCCAUCACGAUGGCUUGUCUUCAGUCGCUCUUCCUUCCCACGACUUCCGCAGACUCGCAGAUUACUCUCCAUCCCACGCGCACUCACAAUACAACCGUUCGCACCAUGUUCGUUGCCCAGAUUUGGAUCCUUCUAGCCCCCAUUCUUCAUCAUCUGGGAGCUCCCCUCAGCCACUUACUCCUGAGGCUGUGCCAAACUCUUCAUUCAAUCCUGCCGUAAAAACACAUCAUGACGCUAUGGAACUCGUGAUUCCUCCCCCACCACCCCCGAAGAAGUCGUAUCAAGCUACAUCUACACUAGACUUGCUGCGCUCGUUUCCUAUUCCUGUGCCUCAUUCAAGUUCACGUUCUCAGCCGGCUUCCAACAAGCCGCACAAUCGUUAUUCGCAUUUUCCUUUUAAGAAUCCAGUGAUGCAAGUUGCUGCAUAGAUAUCCUUUAUAUUCGUUCGAUGAUCUUAUUAUUCUCUUCGUAACGUUAUUGUGGUGUCGCUAUAUUUUCAAGACUAAUUCCACAUCAGCCUCGUGCUCAAAAGCUUAUCGUCAUACUAUCGCAAAUACCAUGAUCCUCAUCGUUUAUCUCACUCCAACCACAUGUUCAUCAGAUCUGACGUGCAGUGACUCCACUCAAUACAUCACCGUGAAUUUA